AUGCCUGGUCAGUUGGUGAAAAGCGGCCGCUUGUUCUCGACAUCGGCAAGCGUCUAUGUUUUCGAAGGUAUGUACGAUCGCAUGAUGUACUGGAGAAAGUCCAAGAGCGAAAAGAAGCUGCACGACCCGACCAAGGACACAAAGGCCCAGGAGGAUCUCCCUGAAGACACCAAGCCCCGCCGGUUGAGGAUGCUGGGCAAGCCCAAGGACCCCAAAGAGGACUGGGAGAGCGUAAAGGAGUUUGCAGAAUUCCAAGCAUGGCCCACUCGGUUCCACCGCAGCGAUAUGACAUCCGGCCAGAUCGAGUCGGCGGUCUCCUCUGCAUUUGCUGGUGUGGAGUUCUCUAAUAUUUCCCAGCGGUUCGAGGCGGUCAAGAAACUCAGCCAGGAACUUCAGAUCGCUAUUCCCGACGCAGUGUUGAGCCGCACCACCUCCAAAGAAUACAUCACAGGCUACCUUGAGUCGGUCGCCAGGCCUUUUGACGAGAAAAUGCCAGACGCUAUUUACCUCAACCCGGAGGACUUCCAGGGCACAAACAUCACCAUUUCCGACCCGGUUGCCGAGCGCAAGGAGCGUCGCAGACGCUAUGCCCAGCUUUUGCAGGACGCCAAGCGGGCCCAGAACGAAAAGGCCAAGGAGUUGUUGGCUUAA